UUCUCGUUUCAGUAGGGUUGAAUUACGUGAAAUCACUCGUGCGAAAUGGCUCAAGAAAGUCGGGGUUACGUGAAUUCAGCUCAGUUGCACGAACAGCAUUAUCGACAGGUGUUGGAAGAAGUGCCAGCAGUUCCACCAAAAACCAGGGACCGAGAAGACCUGCUCAAUGGCAACAAAACGACUCGAGUCAUGUCAAGGAUCCUCAGCAGCAGCAGCAGCAACAACAACAACCCCCGAGAUGUCGCAGCUCAGCAAACUCCCCAGAGUCAAGCAGCGCCCUCUCUGCCGCCGCGACCAAACAAACGCAACUUGUUCCUAGUGCAAAAGUUCCAGAUGGAUGCACAGCGGCCGGAGGACGUGGCCCAGGUUGCCGCCGGUGCCCCGGGUUGUUCCGGGGUACCAUCAUCGCAACGAGCAGCACCUGUGCGCAUCCCGGCGAGGGUUGCCCAUCACCAUCAGCAGCAGCAGCAGGUGCAGAAAGGAACGACCGGGUUUCCCGCGGGUUCUGAAGAAAACGUGACCGUGUUGGGCAAGAAGGCGGUUUUGGUGGGCGAUGCGGGGUUCGACGCGGAAGAUAUUCCAGGGCAUGGAACCCGAAAGAAACCCUUGGAGGGGCCGAAGAAGACAUCGACUGUGUACGCGGGAUUACAACAGCAAAUCGCUGCACUGUUCGAAAGGCGUGUCAGCGUCUGUGCCGUGCGCAGAGCGACAUCUAUC